GCCAUUUAAUCCUUAAACAUAUUUUGAGGUUCGAAAAAACUUUAUAAGUAUUAAGGCCUCGUAAUGAGCGGGUCUUCGAAGUUCAGCGGAGUGGACGUCUUUUGAUGGAGUUGAGUCCCGCUGACUCUGCUGACUGUUCGGUCCUGCAGAAUAAGGAAAAUAAUGUGUGCAGUGAGCCAACAACAGACUGCUUGAAUAGCAAGAUUGUUAAACAAUGUGAAUUUUAUUUCUCGGAUGCAAAUAUUCUGAAAGAUCAAUAUCUUCUAAAUUUAGUCAAGUCAUCCAAAGAGGGAUGGGUGAAUCUUUCUGUAAUUGCGAAUUUUAAAAAGAUUCAAUCUUUGUCAACGGACCUGGACGUUGUUCGACAGUCACUAACAGCCUCAACUAAACUUGAAUUAUCAGAAGAUGGGACAACAAUUCGGCGCGUUGACCCCUUACCCACAUGGGAUAGGUCCGUUUACUUCCGUACCAUCAUAUUGUCAGACUUUCCAGAAAAUUCAGAUGUUACUGUAGAAAGUAUUCAACAGUUCUUCACGGUAAAUGGACAUCCUCCAUCUUUAGUUCGUGUUUUGUUUCCAAAUCGCAAGAUACCGUCUGAUCUUAAACGUUCACAAAUAUUGCACAAGCAACUAGGUGUUAAGGUGUGCGCCGUUGUCGAAUUCCCCAGUCAACCUGAUGCAUUAGAAGCAAUUAAUUUAUCUCUCUCUCAGUGGGGGAACAUUUAUGCGUAUCUAUUGUGUAA